AUGGAUCAUGGAAAGAAUUUAUUAGCCGGAGCAUUAUACGGAACAUUUGAAGCAAUAGUGUUAACAUCAUUCUUAACUUCAAUUGGAGCUUCAGCUGCAUAUUAUUUAAGUAAAUAUGCUGGAAAACCUUUAGUGGAUCAAUGUUUUUCGGAAAAGCUUCUUAAUUUGACAUCACCACUAUUAUCAAUUCCAAUUAGUUCAUUUUUCACUUCAAUGUUCUUUGGAUCUAUACCUUAUAAUUUAGCAUGUGCUCAAGCUGGUAAUAUUUUAUCUGAACUUCAAUCAACCACUGAUAUAUGGCAACCGGUUUUAUUAUUGAAAAUGAUUUUAGUUUCAUUAUUAAGUUUAUUACCUCCUUUAAUUGUGAAAGAAUAUUCUAAAAUUAAAAUUCUUCUGGUUACACCUAAUUAA